AUGUUAUCGUCGCCUGGAUCAACAGAUUUUGCAGUAAUUCACAUUUUAAUUCACUCAUAUGAAUUAUUAGAUAUUGCUGAAUUGUUCAAGAGUUCUCAAAAAAAAUUAAAUUCAGAAAAAUUUUAUGAUGCUAUGGACAUGGUACCUGCGGAUUUACAUAAUUAUAAGGAAGAAUGUAAUAAAAUAGUCAUAGAAGAACCUAAUGACCAACUUAUAUCAAUUUGUAAAAAAUAUCUAAGAUUUUUAGAUAAAUCUGAUUCUUGGAGUGGUCUAUUUCCAAUAAUUGAUGUUAGCUUACUUUUAAAUUAUUGGAUAUAUGAUAAUUUAACACAUAUUUAUGGUGAUGGAAAUACUAGUAAAAUUAAUAUUGGUUUUGACUUUCUCGUGAAAAUAUGGGAAUUUUUUACUAGUAGAAACUAUAAAACAUACUACGCAAAAUGCAUGCCUCAUCUGAGUAUGGUUAAUCACGAGGAUUGGAAAAAAAGAAAGGAAUUGUAUCAUUAUUGUGUUGAUUACCAUAACCUUUCUAUUAUGGCGCUUGCCUUUGAUGAAAAUUGUAAAUAUUAUAAAAUAAUUGAAGAAAAAAAGAAACUAUAUGAUCACUUUGCUGAACUUUGUGAUUCCAAAGCGGGUGAUUGUCCAGACUUUUAUAAUAAAUGUAGAAAAUAUAACCCUGAUACACUGUUAUCUACAUUAACAUGUGACAGCAAUACGGUACAAGCAAAUGCCUCUCAUAUAGAAAAUACAAAAGAGACUUCUACGUAUCAUUCUUUAGGAGAUGCUGGUCAUAGUCAUGGUCCUGCAGAUGGUCAUGAAAUGGAAAGAGGUGCAGCCAAUUCUUAUGCAGGAGGUUCACCUCAAAGAUCCGUUAUUGGAAAAAAAGUUGCUUAUUCAGUUCUUGGUGCAGCUCCAGUUUUGCUAACUGCCACUAUGUUAUAUAGAGUAUGUAUAUAUUUUGUAAACAUAUAUCAUCAUAGUACGAACUUGUAA